AUGGCGAUGACAUCCUCUGUGCUGAAGCUACCGAUCCUGCCAGAAAGCAAGCUGUCUGACACAGAGGCUCUUGUUCUGGCCGCAGCAACUGCGAGCCAGUCGAUGUCAGCUCUUCCAUUCUCUUCCAAAUCUCUGGCGAGGUUUGGGAUGAGCAGAUCGGCGUCGGAAGCAAUGUUACCGAAGCGACGGACGGCUCGGAAUCAGAUUUUGGAAAAGCUUGCUCUCUCUAGCCUUGAGAAUACCCAGGACCUGGGUACCAGCAGCGGCAGCGCCUCUCGUUUUGGCAGGGCGCUUCAGGAACCGCGGCGGAGAGAUUCCUUCAAGGAAAAGUCGGCCCUUCUGCAAAUAACCCGAGCAGCGCAGGAGAUCUGCCUGCAGCUUUCGGAGAGGCAGGAUGAGUCUGUCGAUGGCAAGGGCUCCGGCCAGAAGACCGGGCAGGGGCUUGGCUGCAGCAAAAAGCAGCCCCGGUCGAAACAAAAGGGCAAGAAGAAGGAGGUUGCCGAAGAAGCACAGAUCCAAUUGGAAGCGUGGUGCCGCAGCACCCUAGCAAGCGUCCCGGAGGCAGAUCAGGCGACAAAGAGUGCCGCAGAAUCGCGCAAGAAGCAGCUGGAAGAAAUGAGCCAGGCUGACAACGAAGCAACUGGGGAGCCUGCCAAUUCUGGAAUGGACAAGCGAUCGAUCAGGGUGGCAUCUGAAGAUGCCACAGGAUCAACGGCACCCUCUCCGAAAUCAAGACGACCCGUGUCAAAGCAAGGGAAGAAGCUCACACAGCAGUUUUCCACGAAGUGGAAGACGCUCGGACGCGAUGAUGCCUCAUACGGCCUGCCAAACCUCCAAGAUCGUCUGGAGCAGAUUCAAAACACGUACUUCGGCAAGGCAGACAUGAUGGACGAGGCAACAGUGCAGCGCAUGAGGAUGGUCUUCAACCGCUUUCGCAACUCCACCGGCAAUGAGAUUUUGCAGGAUGACCUGCCGCACGCCAUGGAGUUCUUGGGCUACGUCGUGACGUCCGAAGAGGAGCUUAACCAAGUUGCCGGACAGGUGACGUCCUUUAAGGAGAUGGACUUCAAUGAGUUCCUGGAGUUCGUGGAGAAGUACAGCCGAGCCCAGUUUGAUCUGUACCAAGUCGUUUUCGACAGAUUUGAUUGUGAUGGCAGCGGAGAAAUCGAGAUUUCAGAGCUGAGAAAGUUGCUUCUCAGCAUCGGCAUCGUCGUUGUGCGGCAGAUGAUUGAGGAGGCAUUGGAAGUGGUCGAUGAUGAUGGCAAUGGCCAGCUGAACUUCGAAGAAUUCAUUUAUUUUCUGACCGUCUACCAGCACACCGAAGGCUUCACAAAAGAGGAGGUGAAGCGCAUGUGGGACAUUUAUUCCGGCUUCGUCGCCGAAUCCGUCAAGCUGAAGCGGGGGCAGCAACUACAGAUUGACGACCUCAAGGACGCACUGGUCGCGGUCUUCGGCCUCCACUCCGAGAGCCACGCCGUGCGCAUUGCGCACAAGCUUUGCAACAACGCCAACGGUCAGAAGAGGCAGUUUGGGGCGAACGAAGGUCUUUCGUUCCAUGAGUUUCUGAUCUUCGCGAGAGGUCUGCGAAUUGCUGAGCAGGCUGAAUACAAGAGGCAUUUCAAACGGUUUGACCAGGACAGCAGCGGCAACAUCAGUGCUAUGGAGCUUCGAGAUGUCUUGCAGGCUUUGGGCUAUCGGCCUAUGCGGCAAGUGAUCGGAGAGGUGUUGGAAGAGGUUGACUUUGAGCACGACGCAGAACUCGACUUUGAGGAGUUCUUCCACUUCAUGCUGCUCUUCAAGCAGCGCGAUGGCUUCAGCCAGAAGGAGCUUACGGAAUAUGCGGAUGUGUUUCGAAAGUUCGAUCGUGACGAGUCUGACAAUAUCAAUGUGCACGAGCUGGGAGACAUGCUGCGAUUUCUGGGCUUCAGCGUAGGAACCGACCAUCUCUACAUGUUGCUUGCUCAGGUUGAUGUCAACCGAAACGGAACCCUCGACUGCAAUGAGUUCCUCCGGCUAAUGCGCCUCCACCGCGAAACCGAGCUCAAGAGGCUCCACGACAUCUUUGUGCACCGCGGCGUCGCCCAGGAGACGUUGGACGCCUCGUUGGUGCCGGUGGCAGUGCAGGACUACGUGGGCAGAGAUGUGCCCUUGAAGACACUUCUUACGGAUCUCCCGUCCGAACCUGUGGACUUCGAGGACUUCGUGACGCUAGCUGACAAAGCUCGGAUGACAAAGGUGAUCUCCGAACGGCGUAUGGCCGGCUUCUCUCCAGCCGAGAUCAGCCAGCUCGAGGAGAUGUUCAAGCACUAUGACAAAGAUGAGAGCGGGGAUAUUGAUUCCUUCGAGGUGCAGGAGCUCUUGAACGACUUUGGACUUCCAUGCAGGACCAUCGCAGAACGGCAGGCAGCGCUUGACCAGCUCGAAGAGGCCAAGCAACUCGCCGCCGAGGCCGGUGUGAAAUCGCCCAAGGGGAAAAUCAACAGCAUGAUCACGUUCUGGGAGCUCGUACAGCUUGUCAGACUUGUGAAGACCCUUCGUGCAAAGGCGAAGGAGGAAGAAAGUCGAACAUUGCUUGAAGCCAUCUCCUUCUCCAAGCAGGAGAUUGAUGACUUCCGGUCUGUCUUCCUGAACUGGGCCAAAUACGGUGGUCUCAAUCCAGCUGUGGACGAAGGGACGCUGGGCCAGCGUGUAUCUCUGCAAGAAACUGCUGCCAAGAAGAAGGACACAGAGGAUUUGGAUGAGGAAGAGCCUGGCCUCACCCACUCGAUGUUUCAGCGACUGCUACGAUCGCUGGACUUGCAGAUCAACCAGCAGGCCAAACAGGCCAUGGAAGAGAAGCUAAGCCGUGUCCAGUUGACAGACAAGCACGAACUCAGCUUUGUGGGUUUCCUGCAGAUGAUGCGGUGGAUGCUGGAUUCCAACUUCGCUGGCAUCAACACCAGUGCACAGAAGGUGGCGGCAGCGAGGCAAGAGGACCACUUCUCCAAAGUCUUGCAGAGUCAUUGA